AUGUCUGAGAAGAAGGCAGCCAACCUGACCUGUCAGGUCACCGGGUCGCGACCUCGGCCCGUUAUCACCUGGCUUAAAGAUGACACUGUCAUUUCCGGAGCCGUUACGCACCACCGAGCCGACAAUGUGACGUCAUCGACACUGGCGCUGCUGCCAUCUGCCGACGACUCGGGUCACGUGAUCCGGUGUCGGGCGUACAGCCCGACAGCUCCCCAGACGGCGCUGGAGGACUUCGUUACCCUCCGGGUCAACCACCGGCCGCGCCUGAGGAUCACCGUGGGCCGCACGCUGCAGCUGUCGGACAUCGAGGAGGGCGAUGACGUCUACUUUGAAUGCCACGUCGAUGCCCAGCCGCCCAUCUACGGCAUCGAGUGGAGAAUCAACGGUCGCCCAGUGGACCUGAGCCAAUCGUCGGGCGUGAUCAUCAUCAACCAGACUCUGGUGCUGCAGGCGGUGGCCCGGGAGAGUGGAGGCGUGUACACGUGCUCCGCCGCUAACGUCGAGGGCCAGGGUGACAGCGACGGUCUCCUUCUGCGCGUGCAGUACGCGCCUCGCUGCCGGGCCCACCAGAAGGCCGUGUUCGGCGCUGCCCUGAUGGAGCACGUGCACGUGCCCUGCCACGUGGAGGCGCUGCCCGGCCCGCUGACCUUUCGCUGGGCCUUCAACAACACCGGCGAGAUCUCCUACCUGCCUACACACCAGUUCGCGGUCAACGGCAGCUGGAGUACGGCCGACUACGUCCCCCGCUCGGAGCUCGACUACGGCACGGUGCUGUGCUGGGCGCAGAACCGCGUCGGCCUCCAGCGCCAGCCUUGCGUCUUCCACAUCGUGCCCGCCAACGUGCCGGAGCCUCCCUCCAGCUGCACCUCCCACAACAGCAGCGGCGGCUCGCUGACGGUGCAGUGCCGCUCCCCAGACGUGCCGGAGCCUCCCUCCAGCUGUACCUCCCACAGCAGCAGCAGCGGCUCGCUGACGCGCUUUGUGCUGGAGCUACGCGGCGCCGCCGGCCGGGUUCACUACAACGUGACGGCCGCCUCGCCGCGCUUCAUCGUGCACCGACCGCCCGGUGACGCGCUCUACCAGAUUAUGAUAUACGCGGUGAACGCCAAGGGACGCAGCAAGCCGAUGCUGAUGGAGCCGCAGCCACCGAGGGACGCGGCAGAACGGCGGACGGAGAGGGUCAUCGACGGGUCACUGAAGGAGCAGGAGCUGCCCGUGCUGGAGCUCGUGCCGCCCGGCACGUGCCACACGAUCCAGCAUAAUGCGCGUGACCCGUUGAACACGUCCGACUGCUGCGAGCUGUCCGCGGUCCGCACCAGCGCGACGGAGAGCACGGGUGUGCGGACCUGUCGGCCGGUGGCCACGUCCGACAGGGAGAGCACGGGUGUGCGGACCUGUCGGCCGGUGACCACGUCCGACAGGGAGAGCACGGGUGUGCGGACCUGUCGGCCGGUGGUCACGUCCGACAGGGAUGGCUCUUCCGUUGGCGUUCGUAUUGACUUGACAGUGCUGUCGUCUUAG